ACAAUUCCUGAAAGAAAGAAAAAACUAUGGCGGAAGGAGCUUUGUUCGAUCUUGCAGGGAACGUCCUUCAACUGCUGGGCUCUGUCAUUGUUGAAGAGGUCAAACUGGCCUCUAGUGUUGAAACUGAGAUUGAAAAUCUAACCGACACAGUCACCACAAUCCGCGCUGUGCUUCUGGAUGCAGAAAUGCAGAGUUCUCAUAACCAUCAGAUCAAAGUCUGGCUCCGUAGGCUCAAAGAUGUCCUCCAUGAUGCUGAUGAUUUGCUGGAUGAUUUCUCCACCGAAGUUAUGCGCAUCAAAAUGAUGACAAAGAAGGUACGCCUUUUCUCUUCAUGUUCAAACCCACUUGCUUUUAGUCCUAAGAUGGGCCGUGAAAUAAAGGCAAUUAGGGAGAAACUAAAUGCCAUUGCAAAAGAUAAGGAGGCUUUUCACUUUAGUCAAAGCUUGGUUGAGCCACGAGUCAUGACUAGGGGGGACAGAGAAACUUAUUCUUUUGUACUCGAAGAUGAAGUUAUUGGGAGAGAGGAUGAUAAGAAAGAGAUUAUGGAACGUCUUUUUGAUGACAAUGUUGUAGCGAAUAUUUCUAUCAUUCCAAUUGUUGGUUUCGGAGGAUUGGGCAAGACGACACUGGCUCAAUUGGUAUACAAUGAUAAAAAUGUCCAAACAAAAUUUGAGAUAAAACUUUGGGUUUGUAUCUCUGAUGUCUUUGAUGUACAGCGGAUUGUUAAAGAAAUUUUAGAACAUUUGACAAAAAGGAAGCAUGAAGGAAGCAUUGAGAUGUUGCAAACUCAGCUUCGAGAAGAGCUUGAUGGAAAAAAAUACUUGAUUGUCUUGGAUGAUUUGUGGAAUGAGGAGAGUAAUAAAUGGCUUCUCUUGAGAAAUUUGUUAAUGGGUGGUGCAAAGGGAAGUAGGAUAAUAGUGACCACACGCUCAGAAAAUGUAGCGAGGAUAAUAGGGGCAACUUCAUGGCAUGCUCUAAGAGGCCUACCUGAAGAAAAGGCUUGGAGUUUGUUUGUGAAAAUGGCAUUUGAAAAUGGUCAACUGCCAAAGAAUGAAGCCUUUGUAAGUUUGGGUAGGGACAUUAUGGGGAAGUGUGGAGGGGUACCUCUAGCCAUAAGGACGAUAGCAAGCUUGCUAUACACCAAAGCUACAGAAAAUGAGUGGCGAUCCUUCAAAGAUUAUGAACUCUCAAAAAUAACUCAAGAUGAAGAAAAUGUUAUUUUAUCAACGCUUAAGUUGAGUUAUAAUCAUCUACCAUCGUACUUAAAACAAUGCUUUGCUUAUUGUAGAUUGUUUCCAAAAGAUUACAAGAUUGAUGUAACAACAUUGAUUAAUCUUUGGGCAGCACAAGGUUUUAUUAAGUUAUCAGAUUCAAAACAACGUGUUGAGGAUGUAGGGCGAGAAUCCUUUAUAGUAUUACUUCAAAGACGUAGCGUGGGAUAAAAAGUGGGAUGAUGGAGAAACUGAAUGUUAUGAUGACAUGUCACUGGAAGGGCUCCAGCCACAUCCAAAUCUUAAAGGGUUGGAUUUGUCUUAUUAUAUGGGUGUGAGAAUUCCAAGUUGGGUCUCUUCUCUCACUAAUCUUGUUCAUUUUCGUUUAUCUUCUAAUAAAAGAUUGCAGCACCUCCCACCGAUAAAUCAACUCCCUUUUCUCAAGGUUGUCUUUCUUCACAAUAUGAAAGCACUUAAAUACAUUUCAGAUGAAGACAGUGUUAGUAACGUGUUGGGUGCUUCCUCUUCUUCUUCAAAAACACCAUUCUUCCCAUCCUUAUCUUCUCUCAGAAUAUCGAAUUGCCCAAAACUGAAGGGAUGGUGGAGGAAUUCAGAUGAUAAUGAGCCACACCAUCUCUUACUUCCAUCAUUUCCUCCUUCUCUUUUGGAUUUACAGAUUGAGGUUUGCCCUAACCUGACUUCCAUGCCCCUGAUUCCCGAUCUCACUGUGUCACAUAUUGGUGAUUGUCCCCUCUUACGGCUACACGAAGGAAACAGUGAAGAUUGUCCCAAAUAAUCCAACAAGAAAAAACAAUUUAUUCAGGUUGUUAAUUACUGAGCUACACUCAAGUUUAAGACCUUUUGGUUUUUCAAGUGCUUGUUAUUUUGUCACUUUCUCUGCCUCCUGAAGCCAUAUCCCUUGCUGCAUUUGGUUGUGAAGUCCCUGUAAACUUGAGGCUGCAGAACGUCUGUUGUUUUUUAAUCAGUGGGGUCCAAACAAACAUGAGUAGGAGAGAAUAUUGGAUAGAAGUUGGAAUCUGAUGGCAUCUUCAACCACUUCAGGCCUUGCAAUUGUGCCACAUGUCCCAGAAUUGCAAGUGGAUUAUCGGAAUCUGCUGAAAAUAAUAUAUUCAGAACCAACUAAGGCAAAGAACAAGCUUGGGGUACAAAAUUCAGCCCUAUCCAAAAACUGCAGUUGUGCAACAGGUCAAGAACUCAGUGAAUCAAAGCAAAUUUCUUAGAACUUUGAAGGGAGGACUUGAUCAGGCAACAAACACUGCAGGAAUUAGCUUACUAAACCGAAUCCUAGCAAAUUUUGAAGGGAGUAGCAUGACCAAGCAACUAACACACCAAGGAAUCAGCUUACUAUAAUGAUAUUUAGUCUCUGUUCGAACUUUGGGCUACAUUACACAUGUUCUUUUUUAUAAUCACUGGAAAGCAGAGGGGGUGAUCUGUGUGAUGGAUGGAUAGAGUGUAUGGAGUUUUUAGGCCAAAGAGAGGUAAAAGGGGUAAGGAUAGUUGAGCAGUGAAGGGUAAGAGAGGCAGUUUGAUUAAAUUUCCCAAAGGAAGAGUAAUUUGCUGCAAAGAGAUGCAGAGUCUGGAGGUUCCUGUAUGUGUGCAAGUAGGUGACUAAGUAGGUGACAAACGAUUUCAUCUUACAUUAAAAUGUAUGUGACGUACCUGCGAAAGACUUACAAAUUUUAGUAUUUGUUUUUAGGUUGACAAUUUUAGGUGCAGGGAAAAUUUGUGCUUGCUCCAUGGAGAUGGCUUUUGAGACUUCCACAACAAAAUACCUCUUCGAUAACUACUGUUAUCUCUACAUUAGCAUGGUACUAGUCAUCCUUGAAGUAGUAUUUCAAGUCUUCUUAAGGCUGCUUAGGAUACCACAGUACUCCUAUCAAUGGGCAUGUGAGACUGGGAAACACUUACAUGAACUCAGAAGCUUUUUGGUGGAGGUCACUGUAUUGGCGAGUCUUUGAAGUAAGUGUGAAGUGUGAAGGUGAUCCAUUCCUUUGAGUAUUUUACAGAAAAGGGAAGACACCAAUUCUCCUGAAAGAGACUAUAAUUUGGGAGAGAACAAUUAUGUCCCAGGUUGACUUCCAUUCAGAUAAAUUGCUUGGUGAAAUUAUUUAUCAGGGAAGAUUUGGCCACCAAAGCUUUGUCCUACCAUGUGCUCUUUACAAGCUAGUAUUCAGAAGCCAUGAGAACACGCAUUUGGAUUAAAAUAAAAGCUGACUAUUUGCCUCAAUGUCUUAAGGAGAGCCAUUGUUUUGGGUUCAAUAGAGAGGCAAAUAGAGGUAUGUCAGCCAUUAUAUGGCCGUGUAGUUCCUCAUUGAAUGGUUAUCAAAUGGAGACUAUACAGCACUAAGCAAAAAAAGGGAAAUUACAUCAGUCUUGAAUCUAUCUAUCACAAAGAAGAUGUUUAAGAUCACAUAAUGAUGUGGACUGGUCAUAUUUGUCCAUUUGGAGAAGUAUUAGUCAUCUUUAACAAUUUUGGCAGAAAAAUGAAGACAAUUGAGUAGAUCUGUGAUUUCAACUGAAAUGCGGAAAUUGUUGUUCUCAACUUGUUGAAUACUGUUGCCAACUAGUCUAUCAAAUAUUUUACUUCUUCACAUUU